ACCAUUGAGAUUUAUUGUAACAGCUUUCACUGUGGAACACUUUUUAUUCACAGCUAGUUGACGUAAACGAUUUUCGGUGUAGCAAAUGAAGCUUGUCGUUUCGUUGUUGGGCAUGUUCAUAAUUUUCCGAAUCAGAUUGCGCGAUGCUUGGCGGGUUCCGAUAAUUGUCGAAUAUCCGCUACAAAUUGUCACAAUUGCAUGCCACUUCCCGAUAUACAUAUGCAUACUAGAACCCCGCGCGGUUCUAUGACCCAGAUGUGUAACUCCACUUAAUUGUGUAUUUCAUUGUUUCGUCAUAAUACCGGUGUGUCAUGAAAGGUCGGAUAAAUUUAUCAAUGAAUAUCUACUAGUUCCGCGUUUAUUUAUUUUUACUCUCCUGCUUUAAUUUUGACGAAAAUCGGUACUAACUUUAUUUCUGAUUGAUAUCUGCGAAAAUCGUUGCUCACAUGUGGGUGGCAAAUGGAUUUUUAAUUUUUAGAAAUCCUGGAUUUUUAGGUUUUUAGAUCUUUAGAUUUCUGGAUUUCUAGGGCCAUGGAUACCUAGAUUCCUAGAUAUCUACAUGUCUGGAUUCUUAAACAUUUAGAUCUCUAGGUACCUAGAUGCUUAGACUAAUUUCCUAGGCACCUGGAUCCUUAGACACAUAGGUCACUAAACACCUGGAUAUCUAAAUAUCUAGAUCCGUUACACCUAAAUACCUAGACACUUUAAUUUCUAGACACGUAGAUCUCAAGAUACCUGCAUUCAGAUUUUUCCUAAAUUCUAACAAAUAAAUACUUAAACAAUUGGAUCACUAGAUACACUUGAUCACCACAUCCACGUACACCUACAUUCUUACAACUCUACAUCAGUACAUUUAAAAAUUCCUAAAUAAUCUGUAUUUCUGAAUAACGCCGAUACAAAGUAUAUAGUACGCUUCGAUUCACUAUUUUUGAAAAGUGAAAGUCAUAUUCAGUGUAAUAAGUACAACAUAUAUUUAUUGCCAAGUCAUUAGCCGUAAUCAGUAACUAGAUACUGUCGAUUAAUCGCUACACAAGUUUUUGCUCAUACAUUCAAAUAUUUGGAAUGCACGGAAUAUCCGGUCCAGUUCAACUAAUAUUCGAAUACCUAGAAUCAUUUUGUAAUGAUAGACUAUUUUUCUGAUCAAGCAGAACGACGUUUAUCAAGCGUUCUCGUUAUCAGUUCACACACAUUUCUCUCACAGGCUGUUACGAAACGACACUGACCUACGAUCAUCAAGUCGAUUCAAUGUUUUAUUCUGUACGCAAUGUUACGAGUGCAAACGUUCUUAGAAAAUUGCAGCUAUAUUCUCAUCAAAAUAGAACUUUCAUUUUCAAAGUUCUCCAAUUGUAUGAAUUACAAAAGUUUUAGUACUUUCCAUUAGUGUUAUACAUACACGCAAAGUGAUACAUCGGAUCAAUAAUGAAAAAUAUAUUCAAAACCUCGAUACUAUUAAAAGUACUCCAGCGCUACCUGUGUCAGUCUACAAGAUGACAAGCCUACUAAUUGUCUCGUUAAAAAGACUAGAGUAACAUUGAUCGUUUACUAUGUCGUUAUUUAAAUUGUGGCGAGUACACGUGACUGUGACAUCGAGAAAAAUGUUGCGCGAACAUGAAACGAACGCGCAAGCCCGAAGUCAGCUGGUUGUUCAAUGUCGGGACGAUGCGGUUAACGUUUCGCACGGUUCUCGACGACCGAUUAUCAUCGUCAAUACGAACGAAAUGGUUCGUAAGUCAUUAAAACGGGAUCGGCAUAGGUGCAAGAAAAAUCGUCGACCAGUUACAGUGAGUGUUUUCAGUGAUCCACCAUACGAGAAAAACGACAACUAAUUCGUACGAUAUACCUGUACCUAUGCGUUUGGUCGGCUCGUCAAAAGGUGGCGAUAGCCGUUCGUUCGACGACUGCAAUUUGAUAACGGUUAUCGUUGAAGUUACAUCGUUUGAAUACGAAAUUCGUUAAUGUUUCUUCUUUUCCGUGGCUCGUUUUUGUAGCAGAGAAAAAACAUGACGUCGUCGCCAUCGUCUAGCACCAGUUCCGCCUAUGCCAUUGCCGACGAUGUUAGUCAAUAUUAUAGCAACGAUAAACAAAAUUUCCUCGAAUCGGACGAGGUCGGAACCGUUCGGCUUUUGCGCUCCUAUUCGCCCCAUCGAAAAACGAGAGGAUUCUUUGCAAGGCUUAUAGUCGACAAGUCAUACAUAAACACGAAAACAAUAAUAAUAGGCAGCAUAGUAUUAGCAACAGUGAUCCUAGCGAUAAUAGCGAUAUGCACCGUUUAUGGAUCGAACAAAGACGUAGAAAUUCAAGAAACCGAAGAAGUCCCGCCAGACCCAGAAACAGCGUUGCCUCCUUCGGCGAGUAAACUAAGAGUUUUUAAACGUGGGGCAGUUUGUGCGGACGGUGCUCCAUGUGCCGUUGUCGGCAAGUCGAUUUUAGAGAAGAAUGGCUCGGCCGUGGACGCCGCAAUAGCCGCAAUGAUCUGCAACGGGCUGGUGAAUAUGCAGAGCAUGGGCAUUGGAGGCGGAUUUUUUAUGACGAUUUACGAUAGGGCUAGUAAGCGUGCUUACACUUUGACCGCGAGAGAUCGUGCACCUCUAGCUGCCAAUGCCACGAUGUACGAAGGAAAACCGCAGAAGGCCUCCUUCAUUGGUCCCUUGGCUAUCGCCGUUCCUGGAGAAGUGGCAGGAUACUGGGAGGCUCACCAACGUUUCGGUAAAUUACCAUGGGCCGACUUAUUCAGACCCACGAUCGAAUUAUGCGAGGAGGGAUACAACCUGACGAAAGUACAACACGACGGUUUUAGAUUUAAUGAAAUGAGUAUCCACGGUGAUCGCGUAUUGAAGGAGCUGUUUGUCGAUCCGAAAACGAACGACUUCUAUAAACCAGGCACGAUCAUUAAACCGAAAGUACUUUGUAAAACUUUACGAGUGAUCGCGGAGAAAGGCGCUUCGGAGCUGUAUAAUGGCACCUUGGGCAAGCUGCUCGUGCAAGAUUUGCAAGAACAAGGAGCAAUUAUAACGAUGAAGGACUUGAACAGUUACAGGUAUACGGUAACAUUUGUUAAAAAUGACUCGUUGCAUAUUUUAUUUUAUUUCAGGACUACCUGGAACGAGCCCCUUCAAACUAAUCUCUCUAACGGAAUGAAGGUCUUCACCGUUGGCAUGCCUGCUAGCGGAGCUCUCUUUUCGUACAUUUUAAAUAUCUUCGACGAAUUAAAUUUUAAACCCGACGAUAUAGCCAACUACAACCAAACCACUCUCACGUACCAUCGAAUGAUAGAAACCUUCAAGUACGCUUACGCGCUGAGGAACGAUAUGGCCGAUAAAGAUUUUGUGGACAUGGAAGGACUGACGAAGAACUUAACGUCGAGGAGCUACGCUCGCGAAACAAGAAUGAAGAUUGACGAUCAUAAAACGUGGAACGAUCCAGCUCAUUAUGGGUCUGUUACGUUAAGUAGCGCGAAAGAUCAGGGAACUGCGCAUGUUUCGGUAUUGGCACCGAACGGAGACGCAGUAUCUGCUACCAGCACGAUUAAUUUCUAUUUCGGAAGCGGUGUAGUCAGCGAGAGCACCGGUAUAUUAUUAAACAACGCGAUGAACGAUUUCGGUAUACCGUCAACAGUGAGUUAUUUCGGUAUUCCUCCAAGUCCGAACAAUUACAUAGCCCCUGGAAAACGACCUUUGUCGUCGAUGGUGCCGUCCAUCUUCGUCGACUCGAACGACAACGUGAAAAUGGUUAUCGGUGCCUCGGGUGGCACCAAGAUUACCACGACGGUUUCUCAAAUAGCGGCCAAGAUAAUAUGGAUGGGACAAACGGUGAAGGAAGCGGUGGACGCUCCAAGAAUACAUCAUCAGCUGUACCCCGCCGAGGUGGCGUACGAAUAUGGCGUGCUGAAACAGGUGAUCGAUGGUUUGAAGAGGAUCGGUCAUAAAACUUCGCGGUACAGAGUUCGCGGUAGUACAGCGUGCGUGAUUUUCGUCGGCAAUGACACGACGGUGUACGCGAACGCGGACUUUCGCAAGGGCGGAGACGUUUAUGGACUCGAUUGAAUGUUUAUCUCGUGAAUUAUCGAUUUUAGCUACUCAUCUUCCAUUAUAUCUAGUUGUUACGAUAACAGCGGAUGUCACAUCGCUCUUCGAUCAAUUUUUAAUAUUUGACGUUCGUGUGUUUUAAACGUUCGUUCUGCAUUAAAUUAUUGUGCGAAUAUGGAGAUCAAUAAAAACUUUGCACGUAUUAUCUCAUUAUAUUGGUAGUUUCUUUCGUGUUCUAACUGGAUUUUCAUCUACUUCGUUACGCAGAUUACGUUUUAUGAACGUAAUGUGUUAUCGAUCGAACGAACACACUUGACCGUUAUCGAUUAGAAAUACUUUUGUGAACAUUCUGGAUGCAGGAAAUUCAUGUUGUCGCAGAUAACGGUGAAAGAAAUGAUUCCAGUUUGAAAACCUCUUCCUAUCGUCAUGAUCGUUCCUUUUUUAUUUCAUGGUGUUUAAAAUCGAUUAUAGCUUAUUUUGAUUUUAAAUUACGUAGCUUUCUUGUUUAAAAUAAUCCAGAACCACUACAUUUACCAUCCAGCCAUCUAGCUACAUUUGUCAGUGCCAUCUAGUAAAGAAUGAUGAAAGUAUUAUUAGAAAGACUGUUACUAUCCUUGAUUUUAAUUAGUAUAAACCAAUCCAGUACCUUAAAAAAACACUUUAAUGCCAUCAUAAAAUUGUUGUAUGAACGAAGCAAUUAUGUUGUACAAAUGCAAUAAAGAAACACUUACAAAAUUAAUCUGAACAGUUUAAAAUUACAAACUUCGAGCACAAGGAAUAUUCCACCUAGCGCCAGAAGAUGUGACGUCGCCUCUCGGUAUAUGAAUUGUUCUAAACACAUAAUCUACAUUUUCGGACCCAUGGAAUACAUUACAAAACAGCGUAAAAUCAAUAUUAAUGAAUAUAUAUU